AGGGGAUUUUUGUUCCCACAAAAACAAAAAAUAAGAAAGAAAGAAUUCCUCAUCACUGCUAGGACCGAACCAAGACGGCGUGUCGUGCAGUGCCUGUCUCCGAGACCAACGAAACGCAGCACCCGUUGCAUCUCUCUCUUAAUCCUCUUUCUCUUUCUUUGAAAGCAACAACCAAAGAAGAAACUAAAUUAUACAAUAAUCGAAAUCCCUCUACACAGAACCAAAACCCUCAUUACAUCCGAUCGAUCAAUUUUCUCCAUUUUGCGACCAAUUUCCCCUCUUUCCAUCGGAUUAAAUUCGGAAGAAGAAAAGCGGAACCCGCGAAUCGAUGGAUCUCGGGUUCGAGGCGAGGAUUGGAGGGGCGUGGAGGUGGGGCCCGUGAUGGGAUUGAAAUCGGUUGGAUUGAUUGGAAGAAGAAGCACUUUCGCAGUGGUGGUGGUGGUGAUGAGAAGAAGAAAAGAAGGAGGGGCAAUAAUGGAAGUCGAAUUGGGGAAAGUGAAUCUUUCUCUCACUUGAAUUUGGGGGCGGCUUUCUCUCUCGCUCGCUCUUUCUUUGUUGUUUCUUUUUGUUAACUUUUUGUUUGUGGAUCAUGGAUGGGGUCGCACGUGCGGGGGAGGAGCAGGCUCAGUCAUCAUCAUCAUCAUCGGACUUGGCCUCGGGGUGGCGUCCCCGCGGCUUCGUGUUCUCUCCUUGCAAGCCUAAGGCCGAAGAAGAAGAUGCUUCUGCUGCUGAGAAGAAGCCGCAGCAGCAACCGUUGCGCGUGGUUGUGAGGAAACCUUUGGUGGCUAGAUUAACCAAGGAAAUAGUUGAAACAUACCAAAUAUGCAAUCCACAGUUUAAAUAUUCUGAAGAUCUAAAUCCAAAAAGAUUUUUGACCAGCCCAUCUGUUGGAGUGCUUAAUGAUGGCUAUGAUAAUGUAAACUCGGAUCUUAUUUUGACAGUGAAUUUUGUGUUGAUCCAUUUAGAGAAAAAUAAAAGAUAUAUUGUCAAAGAUCUCCUUGGCCACGGGACAUUUGGACAAGUGGCUAAAUGCUGGGAUUCAGAUACCAACAGUUUUGUUGCCGUGAAGAUCAUUAAAAAUCAACCUGCAUACUAUCAACAGGCGCUGGUUGAAGUAACUAUUUUAACAACGUUAAAUAAGAAGUAUGAUCCCGAGGAUAAGCAUCACAUUGUUCGUAUAUAUGAUUAUUUUGUAUAUCAACGACAUUUGUGCAUUUGCUUUGAAUUGCUGGACACAAACUUGUAUGAGCUUAUCAAGAUGAAUCAUUUUAGGGGAUUAUCACUUGGUAUUGUUCAGCUAUUCUCUAAGCAGAUUUUAUACGGACUGGCUCUACUAAAAGAGGCUGGCAUCAUUCAUUGUGAUCUGAAGCCAGAAAACAUUCUUUUAUGUACGAGCACUGUGAAGCCAGCAGAAAUAAAAAUCAUUGACUUUGGAUCAGCAUGCAUGGAAAACCGCACCGUUUACUCUUAUAUUCAGAGUCGAUACUAUAGAUCACCUGAGGUUCUUCUUGGAUGUCAAUACACAACAGCUAUUGAUAUGUGGUCCUUUGGGUGCAUAGUGGCAGAAUUGUUUCUUGGAUUACCAUUAUUCCCUGGGGCUUCAGAAUUUGAUCUUUUGAAACGGAUGAUUGAAAUUCUUGGAGGACAACCACCUGAUUAUGUACUAAGGGAUGCCAAAAACACAAGUAAAUUCUUUAAGUGUAUCGGGAGUCUCCAGAACAUAGAUAAUAGUGAGAGUUCCAAAAAUGCAAGAAGUGUUUAUCAAGCAUUGACAGUGGAGGAAUAUGAAGCUAGAGAAUUGAAGAAGCCAUCAAUUGGAAAAGAGUAUUUUAAUCAUAUGAACCUUGAAGCAAUUGUUACAAAUUAUCCCUACAGAAAAAACCUACCUAAAGAAGAUAUUCUCAAAGAAAGUCAAAUACGACUGGCUCUUAUUGAUUUUUUGAAAGGACUUGUUGAAUUCGAUCCUGCAAAACGCUGGUCACCCUUUCAGGCUUCAAAACACCCUUUUGUAACUGGGGAACCUUUUACACACCCUUACAAGCCUCCUCCUGAGACUCCUCAUAUGCCAGUAGUUCAAAAUAUCAAGGUGGAUAAUCAUCCAGGAGGAGGACACUGGUUUGCUGCUGGUCUAUCACCUAAUGUUCCAGGAAAAAGCAGAGCUUCCCUCUAUAGCAGUCCACAUUUUCAGAUGGUUCAACAUCCGCCUGCUAAUAGUUAUGGCAGUGUAGGAAGUCAUGGGAGCUAUAAUGAUAGUGUUGGGCUUGGAAGCAGCUAUGGAAGUUAUGGAGAGAGCAGUAACAUGUUUGCUUACUAUUCACCUAUUGGUCCAUCUGUUAUGAACAUGCACAAUCAGGGAAGUAUGUCAAUGCUUGGGAAUAGUCCAGAUGCUAGGAGGAGAGUUAAGUACCAACCUGGGAAUGGGCUGGGCAUAAGUCCGGCAGCGGGAAAUUUUGCUCCCCUGCCCCUUGGUGCCAGCCCAUCUCAAUUUACUCCACCAAGUUCCUAUAGUCAGGUUUCAGUCGGUUCUCCAGGACACUACGGACCCACAUCUCCUGCAAGAGGAACUUCUCAUGGAUCACCUUUAGGCAAGACAGCUGCAGCUAGCCAGUUUAAUAGAAGAAAAAAUUGGGGACAUUCCGGAAGUCCUCAAACUCUAGAAGCAUUUUCUUCACAUUGGCAAGGUCAAUAUCUUGACAGCACAAGCCAUACUGAGGGAACAUCACAAGCUCUUGGCAGUUCACCAUCAUAUCUACAGUCAAAUAGUAAUCCUGGAAACUGGAAGCAGCGAGGAAGUGGAGGAUUAUCUGCUAAUCAGAACAUUUCAUCCUUGAUGAAGCCCAGUGCUAGUAUGAACUCACAAUCAACAGAAUUGGUUUAUGACAAUGCGGAGACAGGCAUUUCUUUGCCUGAUCCUGGUGAUUGGGACCCUAAUUAUAGUGAUGAAUUACUUCUUCAAGAGGAUGGUUCAGAUGAAAGCAGUUUGACAACUGAGUUUGGCAGAAGUAUGAAUCUUGGUGCUACUGAAACAUGGGCUGGAUUUGGAAGGUUCAACCAUGUUUCGAGCACAAACACUCCUCCAAUAAUCAUGCAAAGACUGAAUGGACCAAGUCAAGCAUUCACUAAUGUUGAGAUGGGUAGCCUUCCAAUGCAUGAUCUUCAAGCAACAUAUGUACCCUCUAUGUCUAAGCAUUUUCAUCUCAUGCCUCAUAUUUUACAAAAUUCUCCAAGUCGUUUUGGAUACCAAUCUGUUCAAAGAUUCACACAUGGUAGACCCCCCCAUGGUGCUGAGUGGAAUCAAAUUAAGAUUCAGGCUCCUUCUUCUGGUUUUAGCAGUGUGGACCCUCGUUCUCCCCGGAAUAACUCAUUCACCAACAGUAUGACAUGGGGGCGAAGAAUGAAUCCUCCUGUCUCAAGCAUGCCUCCAACAUCCGGCACAAGAAAAGAUUAUGCAAGGAUAGACUAGCAGGGCCCAAUCUAAUGGUUCAGGUUGUUUUUCAUUUUUAUUUUGUGGGGGUGGGGGUAAUGACAAGAUUAAUCUUUGUAGAUGGGGAGGAAGGGGGAAAGGGAAAAAAAAAAAGGCCAGUACCCUAUAUGGUUCGUUAGCAAACCCUUGUAUAUCUUUGAUCAGUUAUUGUGCUUGCGCUUAAAAUUAAUUUGUGGUUAUUGUUUGCAUGCCAGUGAUCAUUUAUUGGGGUAUUGGUAUUUGGUAAUUCAAAGGCAUACUAUAUAUGCGCUUCGCUCAUGUACCUUCUGGAAGGCUUGUGCUUAAAGAAAUCCUAUGAGUUGGUCGCGUGCCAAAAAAUUAUUCAGUCGUUGCCUUUUUAUAGUAGCGUAGCUAUUUGAGUUCUUAUAGGCUUCUAAAGUUUUCUUCCUUUAAUAUAUAUAUAAAAAAAGUUCUUACUAAA